UGGUCAUGUUGUAUUUUUUUUUGCUUAUUUUUUUCAAUUCCCUCUUCAUAGUAUGAAGUAAAGACUGUUUUUAUGCUUGGAGAUGAGUGUGUCUUUCCUUCUGCUAGGCCUUUAGUGCUCUUGAGUGCAUAGCGGUGGUUCGAUGGUAUCAGUCUAGUCAGAGAUUGGGCUAGGUUUACAGUUUGUUGUUGUGGUUAUCCUCAGUGCACAACAGACUUCAAAUUUCCCUAGAGAUAGCUUAUGUGUAGGGUGUGGGCUUUAUUUUGAAAGUAUGUUUUAAAGAGGUCUGUAUGGAUGUCAACUUGACACAGAGUGGACAGUGGUAAUUUUGUAAUAUAUCAACUUUGCUAAGCUAAACUAUGUUUCCCAGAAUUUCCUUUCCUUUUGUUUCUGGUUAGAAUAGCCCAAAAAAGACAUGGUUGUGUCAGUCUUGAAGGGGAGAAAUGAAGCAUCCCUCCAGUUUUAUACUUGAAAUGGUGGUGCAGGGACACUAGGUGCUACUGCGGCUCAUCCACUUUGUCACCAAUCAGCUAGUUCACCUCGUUGGGAUGGGGCAGAAGCUUUUCCCUGAGUCUUCCUUCAGCUUUUUUGAUUCCCGAGCCGUGUGUGUGUCUAGUCCUGUGGCAAAGAGUGUCAGCUCCUCUAGCAAGGAUACUCAAAUCUUUAAAGUUGGAGACAGUGAAAGAAUGACCAGCUCGUGUCUUAGGUCCCAAUUCAUUCUUGCUCUUCCCUACUUUAUGUUCAUCUUCCCUUCUUAACUGCUUGCCCUGCGAACAUAAAGAAACGUAAUGAUUCCACUUCUCUGAAUGAACCUUGGCUGGUACACAGACUUAUAGACAUUUCAUGAUGGAGAAAAAUUGUGAAUUAGGGAGCCUCACUUAGUAAAGAAGGAAGGUCAUCUCUGUUAUGGCAGGAAUAAAGACAUAAGGAUUUUAAGGGAUUUACCUGAAAAGAUUUAAAUGACUACUGUAAGGGGAAUAAAUACUUUGCAGGAAUGCUGACACUUCUCAUCCAAUACUUAGGUAGACAUACAGACACACAGAUGCCAUAAACACUCAUGGUAAAUAUCAGUUAACUGUUAAGAGCAUUCCUUCCUGCUUGGUCCCUAUUAAAGAACCAGAUCCCUUCUUCAUAGAGUAUUCCAACUUGCAAAGGAAAUCCAUUCAUUAGUUGUCUAAUUUAAAUGUUUUAGAAAUAUUCCAUGGAACUUUCAUCAAUAACCCCCAAACAGAUAUCUCAAGAACCCCUUUUUCUAAUCAUUUAAUCAUACUACUUACUGAGAAAAAUUAUUAUAGGAAAGGCAGUAUUUGAUAUUGGGACAUAAAAAGAAUGAAAAAUCUGUUAAAUAAGCAAAAGCCCAUUAGCCUGAAGCUGUCUUGGUAUUUGAGUUCCUACAUAACAAAAUACAACCUGACUUAGUAUGUAAAUGAACUGAAGCCUAACUUACUAUAUUUUAUUACAAAUAGCUGGGUUUCAGCCAAUCAGGGCCGAGCUUCAGCCAAUAACAGACAGCCAACUGAUCAGACCAUGCCUCAAUAAGGCAAAUGCCUCAUCAUAUCAUUGUCAAAUAAGGCAGACACCUAGAUGUUAGCUAAUCAGGUGAUUUCUCUACUUUGCUUCCUAUAAAAGCUAGCAGUUCAUACUGCUGGACAGAGCUCUGAACCUCUUUUGGUUCUGAGUGCUGCCCAAUUCGUGAACUGUUCUUUGUGCAAAUAACUUCUAUUAAAUUUGUCAGUCCAGAGUUUUUUUUUUUAAACAAAUAUUCACAAGAAAAGGAAGAAAGUGGGAAGAAUAAAAAGCAAAGCACCUCAGAAACACAAGAUCGAAAAUCUACUUAAGGGAUAUAGAUAAUUCCCUGAAACAGGUAAGCAUAUUAUUUGUUGAAAGCCUCCAUGGAUGUUCUUUGGGAUAGCAAAAUGGUUGCUACUUUUCAAAUUGUUUACCAAAAAGGCAACGUAUCUGCAUCUCUGAAUCCAAAUCAUCCCCACGUUAGCCAAACUCCAGGCCUACCAACACAGAUCCUUCAAGUCUUCCUGGCCUGCCAGGCCCCUAGGCUGCAGCUCGCCCAGAACUCCUGGGACUCUAGAACUUAAAUAGGUCUAACCAGCAGGCGAACACAGACCUGAACCCUCAAACUUGGAAAGAAAGAUCAGAGGCACCUCCCCGGUUUGCUCCCCCAGGGACCACAACGUCCAGCUCUAACGCCUUGCCCAAGUCCUCUGUAGCUUUCCACAGGGAUUUCUGGGUCUCUAUAGCUGUUAGGAGGAGCCGCCCACCGGUCCCGUCCUGCCCCGCGCCUAGGCCUGGACCAACCCCCUCGCGCUUCCGGCGCGGAUACCCAGCAGCUUCCGGUCUUGCGCGCUCAGGUCGGGCAACGGCCGCGCGUUCUUUUUGGGUCCUGAACCCCGGAAGAGAAACUGCGCAGUCCCCUUUUCCGUGAGGCAGUGGCGUCGGUUCGGAAGUCGUCUGGCCUCCCCGCGGCCGCUCGCAGCUUGCGGGCCUCUCCCGCGCCUCACGUCGGACUCCGUCUCCGCGGCAGGGAAGCAGCAUGGAAGCUGAGGACCUCCAGGAGGAGUUGACCUGCGCCAUCUGCCUGGACUAUUUCCAGGACCCGGUGUCCAUCGAGUGCGGCCACAACUUCUGCCGCGGCUGCCUGCACCGCAGCUGGGCGCCGGGCGGCGGCCCGUUCCCUUGCCCCGAAUGUCGGCACCCAUCGGCGCCCGCCGCGCUGCGACCCAACUGGGCCCUGGCCAGGCUGACGGAGAAGACGCGGCGCCGGCGCCUGGGCCCCGUGCCCCCGGGCCUGUGCGGCCUCCACUGGGAGCCGCUGCGGCUCUUCUGCGAGGACGACCAGCGGCCUGUGUGCCUGGUGUGCAGGGAGUCCCAGGAGCACCGGGCUCACGCUAUGGCACCCAUCGACGAGGCCUUCGACAGCUACCGGACAGGUAACUUUGACAUCCACAUGGAUGAAUGGAAGAGAAGACUAAUUAGGCUGCUGUUCUACCAUUUUAAGCAGGAGGAGAAACUUCUUAAGUCUCAGCGUAAUCUCGUGGCCAAGAUGAAGAAAGUCAUGCGUUUACAGGAUGUAGAAGUGAAGAACGCUACACAGUGGAAGGAUAAGAUAAAGAGUCAGCGAAUGAGAAUCAGCACGGAGUUUUCAAAGCUGCACAACUUCCUGGUUGAAGAAGAGGACCUGUUUCUUCAGAGAUUGAACAAAGAAGAAGAAGAGACAAAGAAGAAGCUGAAUGAGAACACGUUAAAACUCAAUCAAACGAUCGCUUCAUUGAAGAGGCUCAUCUUAGAGGUGGGGGAGAAGAGCCAGGCCCCCACCCUGGAGCUGCUUCAGAAUCCAAAAGAAGUGUUGACCAGGAGUGAGAUCCAGGAUAUGAACUAUUCCCUUGAACCUGUAAAGGUGAAGACAGUGUGCCAGAUACCAUUGAUGAAGGAAAUGCUAAAGCGAUUCCAAGUGGCUGUAAACCUAGCUGAAGACACAGCUCAUCCCAAACUCGUCUUCUCCCAGGAAGGGAGAUACGUGAAAAAUACAGCAUCAGCCAGUUCUUGGCCAGUGUUUUCUUCAGCAUGGAACUACUUUGUUGGAUGGAGGAAUCCUCAGAAGACUGCUUAUGCAGAGAGAUUUCAGCACUUACCCUGUGUUCUGGGAAAAAACGCUUUCACCUCAGGGAAACAUUACUGGGAAGUUGAGAGUAGAGAUAGUCUGGAGGUUGCCGUUGGGGUGUGUCGGGAGGACGUCAUGGGAAUUACUGAUCGUUCAAAAAUGUCCCCAGAUGUGGGCAUCUGGGCGAUUUAUUGGAGUGCUGCUGGCUAUUGGCCCUUGACAGGCUUCCCUGGAACUCCCACCCAGCAAGAGCCAGCUCUCCACCGAGUGGGGGUUUACCUGGAUCGUGGGACUGAGAAUGUCUCCUUCUACAGCGCCGUGGAUGGAGUGCACCUGCACACCUUUUCUUGUUCUUCUGUCUCACGCCUCCGGCCAUUUUUUUGGUUGAGUCCAUUAGCAUCUUUAGUCAUUCUACCAGUGACUGAUAGGAAAUGAGUCUUUUCUUCCCCUGAUCAAAACUCCUUCCCUGUAGUCCAGCUCAGGGACACACAUCCUUGGGCCCUCUUCUGCCCUUCAUGUCUAUCCUGGAUGGUCCAUCUUCUGGGUCCCCCUAAUGGAACCGUUUGGUAUCUGCCCUUUGUAUGCUUCACAAGAGGCAGUCCCAUGGGAGGUGGUUCUGGCCAAUGGAGAUGGGACAGGAAAUUUUCCAAGGUGCUUUUGGGAAAUCUUUUUGUAGCUUUUAAAGAGAUGUGCGGGGAAGACAUAUGGAUGUUAGCAGCCAUAUUGGAACUAAGAACACAGGAAUGGUGGAAAGGUAGAAGAAACACAGUUUUUGUUGCCGUUGUGAAAUUGUUGAAAUUUCCUUCAUGCCAAGCUUCUUGUUAUAUGAGAUAAUUACACGCUUAUUGUAUAAGACAAUUUUAGUUGUAUUUGGUUACUUGCAGCCUGAAGUAUCCUAACUGGCACUAAAGGGACGUAGUGUGAGCAUCCCACAGUAUAGGCUUAUGUCACUUUUGUGAAAUUUGACAAAGGCAUAGAAUCUUUUUCUAUCCAGUCAGGCAUUGCCUAUUCUUUCCAGUAACUACUGAUUCCCCCACUUUUCUGUCUUAGAAAAUUGUGGGAAUCCCCCCUCACUCUGCCCAUGUUGCACUCUCUCUCUUCCCAACCAUGACUCUGCCCUCAGCUAUUAACUGUGCUGUGUAUUUAUCAAGUUCCUAUAUUGUAUGUACAGGGUUAUUCAUGUCAUCAUGAGAAUGUUGGAAUGCUUGUUAAAUACCUUUUGCUAGCCUCUUCAUAUGCUGUUGCAUAUGACUCUCAUCAAAACUCAGUGAGAUGGAAAGUGAAAUCCUAUUUGUACAAAUGAGAAAACGGAGCUCUUUAGAAUAACUAGCUCAGUAUUGGCUAGCUGGUAAAUGGCAAUGUUGGGAUUAAAAUCCAGAUUUGUCUGAGAUGAAAGCCCGUUCUCUUAUCUACUCUCCCUUUAUUUGGAAGCAUUUAUUGGAUGUUGAUCUUUGUUUCAGGUUUUAAUUUUGUUACUUUUUUUUAUACUGUGUAUAUUUUCCUCAGUCUACCCUUCUGCUCUAGACUGUCUGGACUCAGGAGAUUGUGGCAGUUACCGGAUAGUUAUUUUUAAGAUAAUGAUUGCUUUUCUCUGUUUUUAUAAGUCAUGUGUACUUAUUGUAGAAAGUUUGUAAGAUGCAAAAAGUAUAAAAAUUAAAGUUAUGCACUACUAACAUUUUAAUAUAUUUUCUCCCAGAUUUUCAAUAAAGACUUUCAGGCAGUGA